CAGACGGCGGGUCACCGAUGGCACCGUGAGGCACUCCCUUCCCCGCUGGCACCAUGCAGCACCCUCAGGAGUUGCAUGAGGACGCCGAGAAGGAUGUGGCGCAUGAGUUUGAGAUUCGCUUCUCAUUCCACCAUGACCUCCCUUCGCCGCUCCCCAGGGUCGUCUCUGCCUUCGUCUACAUGCCCUGGACAGCAGGUGUGAAAAAGAAGCGCCGCGCCCCGCCUCCGCCGCCGCCCAUGCCGCCCGCACCACGGUUCUGCGAAGACGUCCAGAACACCGCCUUCCACAAGUACAACGCCUAUGAAGUCAUAUCCAUCCAGACACACACUUACAGGGAGAUCACCUAUCCUUCGGAUACGUCUCGGCGCCUCAGCACCUUUUGCAGUGAUCCAUGCAAGGUAGCAUCGAAGGGGCACGGAGAGGUCGUCCCUCGGGCAGGCAAGAGCAAGACGAAGGCACAUCGGGUCAGCGCCCCGACCACGAAAUCACAUGGCGACGCGGAGUGCAGCUGCCCGACGGUGGAAGGCAAGAGCUCUCGAGGUACCUCUAAGAGAGAGAGCUUGAAGGUCAGAAAGAAUAAUAGUCACGUGAGUAUCUUCAAGCGCAACAUGGAAGCCGGAACGAAAACCGUCUCCAGAGCGAAGAAGGAAGCGAAGGAGAAACUAGGAAAGGUCACGAAAGAACCCACCUAUGAAGAUAUCGAAGACUACCUCAACGACAAUCAGAAUGUCAUGGAACUGGCGGCUCUGCUGGGGGAAAAGCUCGACCACGCCCUGCGGAAGCCAACGGUCAGCGAGAGUUGCGCUUCCCCAACCAAAAAUAAAGGCAAGUCCUCGACUUCUAACAAGCAGCUGCAAGCAAGAGCACGUUCGAAGAAGAGCGCAGCGGGGGAUGUCAAUGGCAGUGGUAGGCUUCGUGUUGCGGUGAAUGCAAAGGAGAAUUUUAAUGACUGCAAUAGCGUCUGCUCAGAUGAAGUUUGUUGCGAUGCAAAGGUAACACCUCAAAGCUGUCCCCCUCAAGGCAACAAGGGAAAACAUUCUCGUGAAGUUGAUUCCAAUAGACAAAAUGGAAAUAUAAAGACGUACAUAUUCGGCGAACAACCUGCGACCGAACCGACGAAAAAGAAAACGGCGCUGAAAGAGCGGCAGUGCCACUUAGCAAGUCCAGAGUCGCUGGGACGAGGACACAAGGCAAGAGACGGGCACGCCAGGGUCCUGAGCACGGGAUCCUCGACGGAGAAGAGACAGAAGAGAGGCUCAUCGGCCGGCUUCCUGAGGACCUCCUUUAAGGCGUCUGCCCGCAGGUACAAGGACAACGUGGUGCACACUCACAAGAGGCGGCAUCCGAAACACGACAAGCACCACGAUGCGUACGGCAGUGCAGAGCGCCAUUUCGUCCACCAGAUUCCCCGGGUCAUAAUCUCCUGCGAGAACUUGACGGAGAGUCGUAAGGCCAAGUCCUUGAGUAAAAUUCGAGAUUCGUUCCGUGGGAGACGUAAACCCUCGGACCCUCGCCCCAGCCACAUCCAAGAAUCGGAUGAAGAGUCAGCCAACGAACAUUCUCGAAGGAGCCGACCGCGCGACGCCAAAGAUUUCCUCCGCGAAGAAAACGAGUCCCCGGAGAGGCGACGCGCGAAUUCCAGGUCGCAUUCCUCGACCAGAGAGGACAGACGCGCGUCCUACGGGAGUCUCGAACGCUCGAAGUCCGUCCACGCGAAGAGGAGGACGCCCAGACGCGAUUCCCCGGCUCUGAGCGACGACCUUUACGUGAGGCGUAAAUCACGUGGCCCGCGAAUCGACCUCGCCAAGAUGAGAUGACCUUUGAAGGUUGCUAAUUAUCUUAUUGACCUGGAUGAAGAAAACAUCGAAGGGAAAGGUAGAAAAUUUUGAAGUAUGUUGGUGUGUAAGUGAAUAUUUGGUCGUAAUUUGAAUUUUAAUAGAUAUUACCGCUGUAUAAUCUAGAUUUUAAUGUGAGGAAUCUUGUAAUAAAUGAGUGAAUAAAAGAAUAAGAAAAUUC